AUGGAUUUUCUGCAUCUCUAUGGUGUUAGCGUAGACUUUGUCUCCAGAUCCGCUCGAUCUGGAUCCACAGCCAGAAUGGGGCUUACAUUCACGAAGCUUUUCAGUCGGCUUUUUGCCAAGAAAGAGAUGCGAAUUCUGAUGGUUGGUCUUGAUGCUGCUGGUAAGACCACCAUCCUCUACAAGCUCAAGCUCGGUGAGAUCGUCACAACAAUUCCCACCAUUGGGUUUAAUGUGGAGACCGUGGAGUACAAGAACAUCAGCUUCACAGUCUGGGAUGUCGGGGGUCAGGACAAGAUCCGACCUUUGUGGAGGCAUUACUUCCAGAACACACAGGGUCUUAUCUUUGUUGUGGAUAGCAAUGACAGAGACCGUGUUGUUGAGGCAAGGGAUGAAUUGCAUAGGAUGUUGAAUGAGGAUGAGCUGCGAGAUGCUGUGUUGCUUGUAUUUGCUAACAAACAAGAUCUUCCCAAUGCAAUGAAUGCUGCUGAAAUUACUGAUAAGCUUGGCCUCCACUCUCUCAGACAGCGUCACUGGUACAUCCAGAGCACUUGUGCAACCUCUGGAGAGGGUCUAUAUGAGGGGCUGGAUUGGCUCUCCAACAACAUUGCUAACAAGGCGUGA